AUGUCCCGGCCAGCAUGGUCGUCUCUCAUCCGGCCAGCAUGGUCGUCUCUCAUCCGGCCAGCAUGGUCGUCUCUCAUCCGGCCAGCAUGGUCGUCUCCCAUCCGGCCAGCAUGGUCGUCUCCCAUCCGGCCAGCAUGGUCGUCUCUCAUCCGGCCAGCAUGGUCGUCUCUCAUCCGGCCAGCAUUGUCGUCUCUCAUCCGGCCAGCAUGGUCGUCUCUCAUCCGGCCAGCAUUGUCGUCUCUCAUCCGGCCAGUAUGGUCGUCUCCCAUCCGGCCAGCAUGGUCGUCUCUCAUCCGGCCAGCAUGGUCGUCUCUCAUCCGGCCAGCAUGGUCGUCUCUCAUCCGGCCGGCAUGGUCGUCUCUCAUCCGGCCAGCAUGGUCGUCUCUCAUCCGGCCAGCAUGGUCGUCUCUCAUCCGGCCAGCAUGGUCGUCUCUCAUCCGGCCGGCAUGGUCGUCUCUCAUCCGGCCAGCAUGGUCGUCUCUCAUCCGGCCAGCAUGGUCGUCUCUCAUCCGGCCAGCAUGGUCGUCUCUCAUCCGGCCGGCAUGGUCGUCUCUCAUCCGGCCAGCAUGGUCGUCUCUCAUCCGGCCAGCAUGGUCGUCUCUCAUCCGGCCAGCAUUGUCGUCUCUCAUCCGGCCAGCAUGGUCGUCUCUCAUCCGGCCAGCAUGGUCGUCUCUCAUCCGGCCCUUAUGGUCGUCUCUCAUCCGGCCAGCAUGGUCGUCUCUCAUCCGGCCAGCAUGGUCGUCUCUCAUCCGGCCAGCAUGGUCGUCUCUCAUCCGGCCAGCAUGGUCGUCUCUCAUCCGGCCAGCAUGGUCGUCUCUCAUCCGGCCAGCAUGGUCGUCUCUCAUCCGGCCAGCAUGGUCGUCUCUCAUCCGGACGGCAUGGUCGUCUCUCAUCCGGACGGUAGAGUCCAUCAUCUGA